AUAAUCAUUUUCUCUCUCACUCUCUAAAUUCAAUGAUAAACCAUUCUUCAUCCUCUUUGAUUUUCUAUCAAAACAUAACUUUUUUGUAUUUUUAAACUUUAGGGUGCAGAGUAUUGGAUUCGGUCCCAACCCGUUUUUUUGUUGGAGCAAGUCAAGAUUUUGGGUCGGUCACAUAUUCUAUGCUGUCCUUAAUUUAAAUUUAAAUUUAAAAUAGAGAAGAAAGGAAGAAAAGAAAACAAAGGGAACUUCGUCACCUUUUGUUUAGAAGCUGAGAGUGUUGAGCCGCUUCUUCGUUGGAAGCUUCAAUGUCGGGAGGAGGACCAUCUCGCUCCGCCGGCAAACGCCCCUUUCAGGAAGACGAUGACAAUUCCAAUCAAAAUCAACCACCAAAGAGGAUUAGGUUUCCAAAGAAAAAGAAAGGGAGUCAAGUAGAUGUAGUAGUGGAGCAAGUAAUUGUUGAGGAGAAUGUGAAUGACUUGUCGAACCCUGUUGUUGCUGCCAAAGAGCGGGUGAAACGCAGGAAUCAAAUUACUGCUGAGCUCCUGAGUGAGGAGAAUGGAGGUAUCUCAGUAUCGGCUGCUGAAGUGACUUAUGAGGAUAAUGAGGAUUUUGUUGAUGAUGGGAUUCAAAUUGAGCCUUUCAACCUCGAUAAAGAAAGGGAAGAAGGUUAUUUUGACGCAUCCGGAAAUUUUGUUGAAUAUGUAAGAGAUAAUGAGAUUAAGGAUGCAUGGCUUGAUAAUAUUGAGGUUGAUCCUAGAUAUGCUGAAUUAAGCUCUGCAACAAAAAAUGAUGAAGAGGAGGAGGUCCAAGAACUUUCUUCUAAAGAUGUGGCAAUCAUGAAGAGGCGCAUUGCAAAUGUUCUUGAAUCAGAGGAAACAGUCUUGCAAGGUUUGAGAAGGUUAAAAGGUAGCGGUGAUAGAAAGACAAAAAUGUCCGGUGAGACUAAGAUUGUGUUUGACCAGCUAACUGAGGAUGCUAUGAAGCUUAUGGAGAAUGGUGAAUACAAUGUUUAUCAUGAAAAUAAAGAGGUUUUUGAGCGCGAAGCAGAAGGAUAUGAGAAAUUAGCCAGGGUAAGAGGAGAAGGCACAUCCAUGGACACUCCAAAUCCACCUUUGGCUAGUGCUGAUGAUUUUGAUAUGUUUGCUGCUGAUGAUGAGCAUGCUGCCACUGAACCAUCUACAGUUGAAAAUAAUGCAGUUAGUGAACCACCAUCAGAUGCCAUUGCUUCUGGUACAGAGGGCGGAGCUUUGCAGAGCGAUUAUGUGUAUGACGAAUCUUCUGGGUAUUAUUACAGCAGCAGUUUGGGCUAUUAUUAUGAUCCAAAUACAGGGCUUUAUUGCUCUGAAGAAACAGGGAAAUGGUACUCAUUUAAUGAGGAGACUGGCAGCUACGACGAAGUUAAUGAGGUUGCCACCAAUUCGAGUUGAGGGACCUGUUUCAGAAGAGUAUACAGACAAUUUAUAGCAUAUCAUUUGUACAGACAGUAUGUGGGGGCACCUUGUACUUGUUUAGAUGCUUACUGCCAGCAGUUUUUCUUCCUUCCUUUACCUCUUUAAGGUUGCUGAUGUGUAAUGACCAAAAAAUCACCUAAAUUGAUCCCUUGAAGUUAGGAACGAUAAACACUUUCCCGUAGCAUACUUCUGCGUCGGUAUUCCAAUGGAAAAAACCUUGUGAUCGUGCUGGAUGCGCCCUGGAAACCCCGUGUCUACAAAAACAAACAUAGCAGUUGUCAGUUUACACAUCAAAUUCCUAAUCUAUUUUUGUACGUGCAACUGGAUAAUUGUUUUUUGGUGUCAAACUUAAUGUGUCAGCCUGCGGUGGGUACUAGACACUCUUCAAACUUAAUGUGUCAGCCUGCGGUGGGUACUAGACACUCUUCAAACUUAAUGUGUCAGCCUGCGGUGGGUACUAGACACUCUUCAAACUUAAUGUGUCAGCCUGCGGUGGGUACUAGACACUCUUCAAACUUAAUGUGUCAGCCUGCGGUGGGUACUAGACACUCUUCAAACUUAAUGUGUCAGCCUGCGGUGGGUACUAGACAACCAAGUUUUAUUCAUUAAGCAUAUUAAUCACUCUUUAUUAGUGUGAAAGUAUUAUACAAUUGUUACAGCGCACUAA